AAUAAUUUUAAUAAACACACACACAAAAAAAAAAAAGGACGAAUACUAUAUUAAAUAAAAUAGCAUAUAGAAUAAAAUAAUAGUUUUAGCUUUUUAUAUUUAAUUUCAAUAUUUUGUAAUAAUAAACCCAUUAAAUUAUUGUAUUUUUAUUUUAAUCAUACACUCGCUCACUUUUACACACGCAUACUUAUAUUUCUUUAUAUUAAAUAUUAUUUUGAUAAACAUUAUAAACAUUAUAAAUCAUUAAAAUGGGAUCAUCAUUAUCUAUUUUUGCAUCCAUAUGGAAUAGAUUUUUUAAUAACGCAGAAUAUAAAGUUAUUAUUGUUGGUUUAAAUGCAGCUGGUAAAACUACAACACUAUAUAAACUACUUUUAGAUGAAGUAGUGUCAACAACACCAACUGUUGGUAGUAAUUUAGAAGAAUUUGUAUAUAGGAAUAUAAGAUUAUUGAUGUGGGAUUUAGGAGGGCAGGAUUUAUUAAGAUCAACUUGGAAUCAAUAUUAUAUUAAUACUCAAGCAGUUAUUUUAGUUAUUGAUAGUACUGAUCGUGCAAGAGUUGGUUUGAUCAAAGAAGAGUUAUUCAAAAUGUUAGCACAUGAAAAUUUAAAGAAAUCAAUUAUCUUGAUCUACGCAAAUAAACAAGAUCUCAAAGAUGCAAUGUCACCAACAGAGCUAUCAACAUUACUUUCACUUCAUUCAAUUAAAGACCACGAUUAUCAUAUUCAGGCAUGUUGCGCAUUAACUGGUCAAGGUCUCGAACAAGGUUUAGAUUGGUUAGUUUCCCACAUAAAUAAAUCUUAAAACAAUAAAUAAAAAAUAAAAUUAUAUAUAAAAUUUAAAAU